AUGUCGGAUUGCGAGCAAGAACUAGCCAUACUCGCUGAAUUCGGGAAAUGUCUAGAUCAUAUCCUGGAAUCCGUUAAUAAGCUUCGAAAUCUGCAAUAUCCAGUUGAAAGUUACCGAAAAGACAUUUCAUCUCCCUCAAUGCCUCACUACUUGGAUGCUCAUCCUCUUGCAACCGAACAAGCAGUCAAGUACAGUUAUCCGCAAAUGCAAGCAUGCCCUCCUUCGGGCUUUUCGAACACGAUCACAUCUGAAAUUCCGAUUGCAAUGCCGUAUCCAGUUCAUCAUAUGACUAGUGAUGCUUUUUACCCAGCUGAUUUACAAUGUCUUGUUUCAGCCGACCAAGCAGUCACCGACUAUACAAAUCUUCUUGUAUCAGCUGAAGCCCCAGAAGCCUCCAUGGCACCUCCUGAAGGUCACUACCUUCCCGUUUACCAGGCUGCGCUCUCGCCAGACGUUAGUGGGCCUUCGAACGUGUUCGAGAUUUCUGCAAUCCCAGGCACAAUGAAGCCAACUUUCUCCAUUCCCUACGAUGUUCUGUCUCCGACGCCAUCGGUGUCCCAUCACCUUCCGCCGCCGCAACCGCACGACCAGCCUUUGCUCGUGGCACCUCCACAUGCGGGUGAUGAGGCGCUGCCUGUUGCCGACGCCUGCUACCCCCUGACGCUGUCCACGGAAGCAGACUUCGCCGCAGCCGCUAUCAGCGCCGAGGUCAGCGGUGGUGGUGUCAUCAACAUUGACGAUGAGUGUCUUCAUCCGAAUGCCAUGGACCCGACAUAUUUCUGUCUCUCCACCCCAUUCGAUCUCGUCUCAACUGAAUUUUAA